AAGGAUAGACACUGUCCUCUUCAAUGAUAUUUUCCUUUGCAACAAAUUAAGGCUGGAAUCAAACCCAGGCUGCAAUGGAAAAACUAGGAGAACCAAAAGCUAAUCGCUUGGUGUUUGUGGUGUUCCCAUUUCAGGGCCACAUAAAUCCAAUGCUACAACUAGCCACAAUCCUGCACUCAAAAGGCUUCUCAAUCACCAUUGUGCAUCCCCAAUUCAACUAUCCUAAUUCUUCAAAUCAUCGUCAAUUCACCUUCAAACCCAUAAUCGAUAACUCACCCGAAAGCAAACUCCUGCCUGGAGAUUUCUUCGGUAUCAUUAAUGCUCUUAACAAGAAUUGCCAAGUGCCCUUUGAGCUAUGCAUGAAGAAAAUGCUAGAGAAAGAGGAUUCAGAUGAUCGGAUUUCAUGCAUUGUUUAUGAUGGGCUUAUGCAUUUUGCUCAAACUGUUGCUAAUAAUCUGAAGCUGCGGGGGAUUAGCGUUCGGACUACUGCUGCUGCUGCCAUAUUCACUAAUACCGUGUUUCCUCAUCCACAUCAACAGGGCAAUAUUUCUCUUCUAGGAGGGCUCCAGCAAGUGGGAGACAUAGAAGGACCCGACCUCAAAACUUCUGCAUCCUUUCUUGUUAUAACUAGGCCUGUGAGAGCUGAAGAUAUUCUACGGGCUGCAGCAAGAGGGUGGGGCACACAUCCCUCAAAAAUAGCCUUGUUACGUUCCUUCCAUAUUUGCCAGUAA